UCGCUCCAAUAGGUUUUCUUGUUUUCGUAUUCACCCUCUUUGUUCUUAUGCUUGUUCUUUCACCAGUACUGUUGUUUUUUCCUUUUUUUACACUUAAACAUUUUUCCGCUGCUUCCUGCGUCAUUAUGUCAUCCACCUCAUUCCAAUUUCGAUUGUAAUGACAAAAAGUUGACAAUAUACUGCAAAGAACGACUCUAAACUUGUUUGUUUACAUUUCAACGUUGAUUGACCUGUGACCUACGUCGGUAUUUCUGUACGUGAAGCGCAAGUUCUAAUUUGUGUAGCUAAUCGUGUCAUUCUUACUGACAGCUAUGGAUAUUACAGCUGCAUUUGCAUCAUAUGGAACAAGUGUAGAGCAUGAAACUGAAGUGCGGGAAAGUGUGCAAGCAGCUGUGAAGGAUUUAGAAAAAACUUCAUACAGUAUUAGUACAACAUUAGAGAAAAUGCACCAUACACAAGGUGUGCAGAAUAUUCAAACAAUUUGUGCAGAAUGUCACACUGAACUGGCAAAAGUGCCAUCCUUAUAUGCUGCAUUGCAAGAAAAAGUUCCUGCUGGUGAAUAUUAUCGUUUCCACCAGAAUUUCAAGGGAACCACUCAGCGACUGGUAGCGGCCACUUGUUUGAUUACUUACCUAGAGGAAAACAGGUUGGCUCCGCAUGAAGAAGUUGCUCAAUUCCUUGGUUUAUGCACACAGCGUGAGAAAGGAUUUCACUUAGAUCUUGAAGAUUAUUUACUGGGAACAUUACACAUUAGCCAUGAGCUCUCUAGAUUAGCAAUCAAUUCCGUUACUGCAGGUGACUACACAAGGCCUUUCCAGAUACGCCAGUUUUUGAGAGAUCUUCAUGCUGCUUAUUCAUUGCUCUUUCCAAAAAAUGACCUUAGAAAGAAAUUUGAUGAGCUAAAAUACUCCCUAAAGAAGACAGAAGAGGUUGUGUACAACUUGUCAUUAAGGGGCCUUAAGCCACCUGAAAUGGAAACGUCUGGAUAAAUUCGCGUUAUUUUUAUUUGAUUAAAAUAUUCAUUUUUUCUUAUUGAAACCAUUUCCCAAAUUUCCAGAUACUUAAUUUUUUUAAUUUUUUAAAAAUUACCAGAUGUCUUCAUUCCAAACACAAUACACAGUGUGUCAAGAAUCCUUGUCCAGAUGUAAUUUAUGUACCAUUAACAUGAAAAACUUACCAACGCUACCAUAACUGUGCUGUAUUCUUUGUAAUAUUCAGAAAAUGUGUAUUGUAAUAUUUUGAAGCAAUCAUAUAUGGUCCAGAUUGUUUCAAAAUGCUUCAGAAUAAACGAAAUAAUCAUGUAAUUCAUAAUUAAAAUUCUUCUGAUUUUUCAGAAGUGUGCCCCGUCCUGUAGUAAAAAUGUCAAGGCUA